GCACGUCAUCUCUGCGUCCAACCAACCAUUUUUUUCAACGUGGCUAGCUUUCUCAAUUGCCAUGUCAUCUUAGUAGACUUCACGUUCAUUCUGUUCCGUGUUCAGCUGCCCCGCCAGCCGUUAACCUACUCUCUUCUCCUUCCUUAGUACUGUGAAUCUACGAUCAUGAGGGAGAGAGUUCAAGAACUGUCAAAAUAAAGAAGAAUCGGAAUUGAAGGAAAAAAAAUGAGAACAUCAUCGUCUAUGUCUUCAUUUCUUCGUCUAGGGUUUGCUCUACGAAGAAGAAUGUCCAAUAAAUUCGGGAAUGCGGUUCGCCAUUAUUGCGAUUUUCCCUCAGAGACCACAGGCCUACUGACACACUACAGGAAGUUAGUUGAGCAAGGGAGGCUGCAGCAUGACCCUUACCAAGAAAAGAUUGCUUUGGCAUUAGAAAAUUUGCGUGGGAGGCUAGAACAGUAUGAAAAGGAUAUGGAGGAAUAUCAUGUGAAGCUAGCCAUCUGGGAAAAGAACAGGGAGAAUGAGCGGCGCAGACUUUUGAUGGAGGAAGCUAAGCUGAAGCAGCAGGAUGAUGUCUGGACAUCAGUAAACAAAUAUCGGAAACGACUUUUGGAAAGAUGGAUGCUCCGGAAGAAACCUGAGAAUGUUGAACCGGGGGUGGGAAAGUGGGUUUCAUACCUUAACCGGGAGAAGAAAUUGGAUUCACUAGUUGGUCGCCGUCCAACUGCUCCUCCUGCCCCAAAAGGACUAUAUAUCUAUGGAAAUGUUGGGAGUGGGAAGACGAUGCUUAUGGACAUGUUUUAUGCUGCAACUGAAGGAAUUGUUAAACAUCGACAGAGGUUUCACUUUCAUGAGGCCAUGCUGAAGAUAAAUGAAGGAAUGCAUAAGUUGUGGAAGAACCAAGUUGAGGAAAAAUCUUUGCAAUCAAGCAUAUCUAGUUGGAUCACGAAUCUUCCAUUUGAUAUGAAAGUCAAGGAAUGGUUGGCUGCAGAAGAAAAAUAUAAGCGAGAUGUUCAAAUGAAAAACAUUCUUCCUACUGUUGCAGAUCAGUUUCUUGUUGACCAGCAAGCAUGUCAAAGAGGCGCCAGCAUUCUCUGCUUUGAUGAGAUUCAGACUGUUGACGUAUUUGCUAUUGUGGCCUUAUCUGGAAUUGUAAGCAGAUUAUUGACCACUGGAACUGUCCUUGUGGCUACAAGUAAUCGAGCACCAAGGGACUUAAAUCAGGAUGGCAUGCAGAAGGAGAUCUUUCUAAAGUUUGUCGCCAAAUUAGAGGAUCAUUGUGAUAUACUUCUGGUUGGAAGCGAGGUUGAUUAUCGUCGUCUGAUAGCCCAAAAAUCUAUCGACCAGGUUCACUAUUUCUGGCCUUUAGAUCGCAUUGCUCUAAGGGAGUUCGAGAAAAUGUGGUGUCACGUUACGAGUCAGUUUGAGGGAGAAAUCACGUCUAAUAUUAUUCCAGUGAUGUUUGGGAGAACAUUGGAGGUGCCUGAAAGCUGUAACGGAGUGGCACGUUUCACAUUUGAUUAUCUAUGCGGUCGGCCGGUAGGUGCGGCAGAUUAUAUUGCAAUAGCAAAGAAUUAUCAUACUGUCUUCAUCUCUGAAAUUCCAGUAAUGAGUAUGCGAAUCCGGGACAAGGCACGUAGGUUUAUCACGCUCAUUGAUGAACUUUAUAAUCAUCACUGCUGCCUAUUUUCCUCUGCUGCUGCCUCAAUAGAUGAUUUGUUUCAAGGAACUGAAGAGGGUACACUCUUCGAUUUGGAAAGUUUCCAGUUUGAAACAGAGAUAGAAGGUGGGAAACUUCGUCGUGAUGUUCUAGCAGAAGGCAAUGUGGGCUCAGGAGGUUCUUCAGUUGGCAUAAUUUCCAUGAUUUCUGGUCAAGAAGAGAUGUUUGCCUUCCGCAGAGCGGUCUCACGCUUGAUUGAAAUGCAAACACCUUUCUACCUCGAGGGAGUUCGAUCUCUUCACCCUUACUUCCAGACACAACAUCAAGAAUUUGGACAUAAUUUUCCAGCCCCUUUACAAGUUCAACCUCUAACCUGAGGAAUGAGCAGUAAUUUAAUCAUUCUUGCAUCCUUUGAAAUUCUUUAGCAUAUCCCAUAUUAGAAUAAUUUGGUUAAGCUUCUCUCUCUCUCUCUCUAUAUAUAUAUAUAUAUCAAAAAUUGUAAAUUGAUGUAUAUUUACAAGCAGAUUUUCAGGUAUAAUUGAUCCACCCCUUUCU